AUGCUGCAAGUUUCAUCCAAGAACUACUGGUUCUUGAUGGUUUUGUCACUGGCCGGCAACUCCGAGACUCAAGAUUCAAACUGCUCGACAAAGGCCCUUUUCCGGAUACGCCAAUCGGCGGACGUCGUAUCGACGCCCAACUUUUUCCUCGCGUCGCUGAACACGUGUGAAGCGCAAACGUAUCUCAGCGAUAAAAAAAGAUUCUCCAUUCAGCUAAGCGAUUUCCGGAACACAAAAUGUGGCCCAGUCACCGCCGCCGUUUCCCACAAUAAUACCAAUUUCAAAACUAACAGUAAUAAUAACACCAACAACGGCACCAUUAGCCACGUGAAGGCUAAUUCCUCAAGACAUUUAACGGUAAGUGCUUCCUCAAUCCAUUCCGUCGUCAACCAGUCGCCUUUGGCAUCAGCUACAACAACAGCAGCAACAGUAACUUUACAGCCACCAUUACCGACAACAGCAACGGCGGUGCUAAAAUCCGGCCGUAGCCAUAAUAAUUAUCCGAAUAAAAGAGAACAACAGAUGUUAAUUUACACACAGCCCCCAUCAGAUAAGAAAGGAGAUAAAUCACCCUCACCGGGGCCUGUAGGCAUCAACUCAUCUUCCACCGUAGCCAACGGCGUCGGCGGAAGUAGCACAACAGGUCAUCAGACGUCAUCCGCCCCGUUCCAAUACGAUGCCACCUCACCGAUAUUCCGCGAGCGGAGCAUCGAAGAAACGGAAGCCGCACAUGAUUUAUUGUCCUUAUCGCAGAGCCUACCCCCUCUUCCGGCUCCGUGCGUGGUGACAAUUCUUCAUCCGAGCACGGAACCAACCGUGAAUUUUGUCACGUCCAGCGCACCAACCACCAGUAGUGCCCCAUCAUCUGCCGUCGUGCAGAACACCAAUAACAUAAUAAAUAUUGUCGAUGGUGCCUACCAGUGUCCCCCGGGAUCGGCACCAAUAUCGAUGAUAAUUCCAUGUUAUGAAAUUACAACGACAACCACCACCAUUCCAAUGGCAAAGUCUAUUGCUGCUUCGGCUGCUCCCCUGACACCACCCACAUCAGAGCACUCAUCUGACACGGAAAGUAACGGAUCUUCGCCGACCGCCCACCUACCGGUGGUAUCAUUUGUAUCGUCGUCUUCCAACCAGUCCAACAAGCGGACCAAAAAAUCUUCCACUUCAGCUCCGGCAAUUGCACAAUCCAAUAAAAAGACCAAAGUAGAUCUUGCCGAUUCUUCAGUAACUUCUACUUCGGCAGCUGAGCUGUACACAUACGAUGAUCUAAUCUCUAGCGAUGGUCGUUCAAAAAACCGAAGGAAAACUACCAAUGCUACCACAAAACUACCGACCAUUGCAGCCAACGAGGAAAAACAACCGCCAGCGGAAGCUAAAUUGUCAGAAUCACCCGCUGGAGCUAUUUCCAAAGGUAAAUAUAAAUGUCCCGAAUGUGGUAAGCAGUAUGCAACGUCCAGUAAUCUAUCCCGACAUAAGCAAACUCAUCGCAGCCUGGACUCUCAAUCGGCUAAGAAAUGUCAGACUUGUGGCAAGGCAUACGUUUCCAUGCCUGCCCUAGCGAUGCAUUUAUUAACUCAUAAGCUUUCCCACAGCUGCGGAGUUUGUGGAAAACUUUUCUCCCGUCCGUGGCUCCUGCAGGGGCAUCUGCGUUCACACACCGGAGAAAAACCGUACGGUUGUGGACACUGCGGUAAAGCUUUCGCCGAUCGAUCGAAUCUUCGAGCACACAUGCAGACUCAUUCUACUGACAAAAAUUUCGAAUGCCAACGAUGCCACAAAACUUUCGCCCUGAAGUCCUAUCUUAACAAACAUCUGGAAUCGGCGUGCUACAAGGAAGAUGACAUGGUAGGCGGUAGAAAGAUCUAUCACAGCAGCCAGGAUAUCGAUCGGGACGAGGCACGUCAAAGACAAUUGCAGCAAUUGCACGACGAAAGCAGUAGCAUGACGAUUGAUGUGGUCACAACCACAAGCACCUCGUGGGGAGACAACUGUCUGUCCGAGCCUACUGCGGAAAUCGACGAUGACGCCGAUGAGGAUGAGGAUAUCGAUGUGAUUACGGCGUAA